AUGGCGAACAAGGGCAGGACCUCCGGGACUAGGGACAAAUCCGAGGGCAAGAUCGAUGAUCUGAUGAAGGAGUUGGCCCUAGGGGAGGAUGAUCUGGACGACGUGAUCUUUGAAGAAGAUGAUGCCCCACCGGAAGAGGAUCUUCGGUGGAUGAUUGUGGUCCGUGUACACAUGGAUAAAGAUUUUAGCACGUACCGGUUCUUCAAGAACAUGAGAUUUGCAUGGGACCUGGCGAGGAACGUCAAGAUCAAGACUUUGGAAAUCAACCUGUUCAUCAUGCAGUUUAAUUGCUUGGGGGACUGGGAGACAGUAACUCAAGGCGGGCCGUGGCACUUCAGAGGUAAUCCGGUGAUCAUUGCUCCCUACGACGGAUAUACUAAGCCGUCAACCAUUGAACUCUUCAAGUUUGACAUAUGGGCACGGAUCAUUGAUCUGCCCAUGGCGUAUCAUGGCAAGGUCAAAGCUUUGGCCUCAAAACUUGGCGAGUUUGUGGAUUCAGAGCCCUCUUCCUUUGAUUUUGAAGGCAAUUUCUACCGUGUCCGUGUGAGACUAGAUGUUCGCAACCCCUUGAAGAAAGCAACUUCGAUUGUUCGCGGGGGUGAACGGGAGAUCUUUGCCGUAAAGUAUGAGCGUCUACCAGAUUGGUGCCAGGUGUGUGGGAUGAUGGGUCAUGAGUUUAAAGAGCACGGGGGGAUGGUCUCCAUCCUCCAUCGGCCCUCGUCUUCAAGAAUCUUCAUUCCCUAG